AAAAUUAAUUAAUUUAAAAAAUCUCUUCUAUAAAUAUUGUUUAAGUAAUCGGAUAUAGGUGCUAUAAAGUCGGAUGGGUUGACUUACUUAAUAAUAAACAUCGUAUUAAAUAUAUUAAAAUAUGUCGGUCAGUGAUCCCGAUAAAAAUGUGAUUACAGUAAAUGUUGAAUAUUGUGGAGUCUGUGAUUACGGGGGUCAUUGUGUGGCACUGGCAAAAACUAUUCGAGAAAGCACUCCUAAUGCUAUAGUCCUUUGUAAGCGUGGUAGGCAGGGAUCUUUUGAGAUAACAAUAAAUGAUAAACUGAUAUAUUCCAAAAUACAGACAAUGGCCAUACCAGACUAUGAAGAAGUAGCGCAGGUUGUGAAUGAUGUAUCUCAUGGAAGCGAACCAAGGGAAAUAAAAGGACAACAGCCAAUAAACUGUGCAAUAAUUUAAUAUUUCUUUUAUACUGUAACAACCAAGGUGAUAACUAGUUUUAAAUUAAUAUUUUAAUAACAAUAAAAUAAAAUAUUUUGUGUAGUGUUAAGACUAAUAAAUAUUAUAACAAUUUUUAUAAAUAUUUUAUUUUCAGUUACAGUUUUGUAUAAAUAUCAUCAUAGUAAUAAUAUUUGCUAAAUUUCGCUAUUAUCACUAUCAUAUCAUUUCUGGCUGGUUAUAUUAUAAUGCUAUAUUUUACAUAAAUAUACUGGUUUAACAUAAGGAAAAAAUCACAUUCACUGAUAAUAUUUUAAAUAUCUCUUCUAUAGAAUAGUGUAAUCAUAAAAUGUCACAUUAUAAUAAAUUUGUAAAUUUAGUACCACACUUCAAUUAGGGGGCCACCUUUAAAUUACGUCAUAUAACACAUUUAAAAAGUUAUAAACUAAAAUAGUUAACAUUUAAUAUUUUUAUACUAAAAUUUAAAUGCUGUCACAAAAUCUGACACUGCUUCCAGGAGGGUAGGAGUGACUAUGUGACUCCUUCAACCUCUUUUAUACAAUAUUAUCCUUCCUCUAACAUGUGAUGUAUUUUAUGGAUAGUCCCAUAGAUAUAAGGCAAUUUUGGUCUAACAAUUUGUAUUUUUUUACUA